AUGAAUUGUUCUUUACUAUUAACAAUUGUAGCUACUCUAGUCCUCUUGUUAUUUCUCUGGUACGCUUUUCUAGUAAAGAAGAGAAUGAAAGGAGGUAACAAGAGUAAAGAGGCUCCAGUUCCAGCUGGUGUAUGGCCAGUUAUUGGUCACCUCCACCUUUUGGGUGGUGAUGAUCAACUUCUUUAUCGAACACUUGGAGCAAUGGCUGAUGAACAUGGGCCAGCAUUCAAUAUUUGGCUUGGUAGUCACAGAGCAUUUGUGUUGAGUGACUGGGAAGUGGCAAGAGAAUGUUUCACAACUAAUGACAAAGCACUUGCCUCACGUCCCACAACAGUUGCUGCAAAGCACAUGGGCUACAACUAUGCCGUGCUUGGUUUUGCGCCUCACAGUCCGUUUUGGUGUGAAAUGAGAAAGAUUGCAACUCUUGAACUUCUUUCCAACCGCAGGCUUGAAAGGCUUAAGCAUGUAGUGUCUGAGCUCAACGUGGGUAUGAGGGAGUUAUACAACUCUUGGGUCCACAAUAGCGCUCAGUCUGUGCUUGUGGAGCUAGAUAGAUGGUUGGAGGAUUUGAUUCUUAAUAUGGUGGUUAGAAUGGUGCCCGGGAAACGUUACUUUGGUGCCUCAUCUGUGUGUGAUGAUGAUGAUGAGGCAAGGCGGUGUCAGAAGGCUAUUGAUCAGUUCUUUCAUCUGAUUGGCAUUUUUGUGGUUUCAGAUGCGAUUCCGUUUUUGCGUUGGUUUGAUGUGCAAGGGCAUGAGAGGGCAAUGAAGACAGCUAAGGAGUUGGAUGCUCUACUUGAAGGGUGGCUACAAGAGCAUCGGAAGCAAAGAGUUAAUGGUAAGACGGAGGCUGAAAAGGAUUUCAUUGAUGUCAUGUUGUCACUUCAGGAGGGAGGUCAUUUGUCUAAUUUCCAAUAUGAUUCGGAUACAAGUAUCAAAUCCACAUGCCUAGCUCUUAUAGUUGGUGGCAGUGAUACCACAGCAGGCACACUUACUUGGGCCAUCUCAUUACUGCUCAACAAUCGUCAAGCAUUAAAGAAGGCACAAGAAGAAUUGGACUUGAAUGUUGAGAAGCAUCGGCAAGUUGAGGAAUCAGAUAUAAUAAACCUUGUAUAUCUUCAAGCCAUUAUCAAGGAAACCCUGCGACUAUACCCAGCUGGUCCACUCCUAGAACCAAGGGAAGUCCAAGAAGAUUGUAAUGUUGCUGGUUAUCAUGUUCCUGCUGGAACACGCUUGGUGGUUAACUUGUGGAAGAUUCAUAGGGAUCCAAGGAUUUGGCAUGACCCUUCUGCUUUUCGACCAGAGAGAUUUGUGACAAGCCAUGCACUUGAUGUUAGAGGUCAAAACUUUGAACUCAUUCCCUUUGGCUCUGGUAGAAGGUCAUGUCCUGGCAUGUCCUUUGCACUCCUAGUGUUAACACUUGCUCGUCUGCUUCAUGCAUUUGAAUUUGCAACCCCAUCAGAUGAACCAGUUGACAUGACUGAGAGUCCAGGUACCAUUCCUAGAGCAACUCCAUUGGAAGUUCUUCUUACUCCUUGCCUUCCAGCCAAAUUAUAUGCCUAA